AUGGAAUCGUUCAACAUGAACAAAAGCUCCCUACACCAUAGUAGCGCCUGGAACGCCACCUACAAUAUGACGUCAGGAAUCGUGACCAGUGACGUCGGUAACACGGAGUAUUCCAACUCCCUGACUGUGAUUGGUUCCGUGGAGCGGCAUUAUAUAUUGGUUAUUCUGAUUCUUGGUUUCCCUGGUAACCUCGCCAGCAUAGUGACCAUUCUUAAAAUGUCACGGUUGAAGUCAUCAACAUUUUGCGUCGCAGCGUUGAGUGUCGUCGACAACGUUGCUCUCAUACUUAAAACAAUAUUCAUGGAGCUGCUACAUCAGCCUAACGCCUUCUCAGUAGCGGGAUGCAGGUUCAUGUGUUUCUUUGGACUUGUGACAGCUGCCUUUUCAAACUGGAUUCUGGUUGCCGUGGCGACCGAGCGUUUUAUGGCAGUACGGUUUCCACUAAAGGUUGCAAGUAUCUGGACAUUAAGGCGAACGGUUUUUCUUGUGUGUCUAAUAUUUUCGUGUCUCUGUGUCUUACAUCUGCACAUAUUCUGGACAAUUGUAAACUCCGUCAACGGCUGUGACUACUCCGCCGACUACAGGGACUUCACCACGGAAUACUGGUACUGGAUCAGCGCAUCAGUAUAUGCAUUCAUCCCAUGCACUGUUCUCAUCAUGUUCAACUUCCUCAUCGUCUACAGCAUACAACAGUCCUCCAAAGUCCGUCGACAUUUAGCAAUGAACUCAAGUUCCUCAAACAAAGCACAGCGAUCAGGGUCUGGUAGUCAUGACAACCAUAUCACUAUUAUGCUGGUCACCGUGACCAUCAUGUUCGUCAUACUGACCAUUCCUCGCUGCGUCGUCAUGCUCGUCAUUAAAGCUGGUCCCCCUCAAUCACCUCUGGACCACGUGCAGCGACGUCUCCUCGACGUGCUUACAUCCAUGUUCGCCGAUUCCAACCACGCCGUUAACUUCUAUCUGUACUUCUUCGCUGGAAGACAGUUCCGUUAUCAGUUCCUCAAGACGAUGUUCGGUCGCCGCCGUGACAACAACAACUCCAUCGCUACGAAUAGGUCGACGUUGGCGAGGGAGGAAGAAAUGAUCGUGAUGACAAGAGAUAGAUAUUCUCAUCCUAAUGACCUUUGA